GUUCAUGGUUCCAAAUCCAUGAAUAUAUUUGGAGGCUUUCGGCAGAUGGUAAAAGAGGGAGGAAUCCGUUCUCUUUGGAGAGGAAAUGGCACAAAUGUCAUUAAAAUUGCUCCUGAGACAGCUGUUAAGUUCUGGGCCUAUGAACAGUACAAGAAGUUGCUUACUGAGGAAGGACAAAAAAUAGGAACCUUUGAGAGAUUUAUUUCUGGAUCCAUGGCUGGAGCAACUGCACAGACUUUUAUUUAUCCCGUGGAGGUUUUGAAAACCAGACUGGCUGUAGCCAAAACUGGACAAUAUUCUGGAAUAUAUGGCUGUGCCAAGAAGAUUUUGAAACAUGAAGGGUUUGGGGCUUUUUACAAAGGCUAUGUUCCCAACUUGUUAGGGAUCAUACCGUAUGCAGGCAUCGAUCUUGCUGUGUAUGAGGUGAGUUUAGAGCAAUGCUUGAAUAGCAAAUGUAAAUACAGGGCUUAUAUUCAUCGAAUUAUCGACCUGGCUUCCUCAUUUUCCUUUAUUCUUUCUUUUUUAGCCAUGGUAGAAGGAACUCCACAGUUGAACAUGGUUGGCCUUUUUCGUAGAAUAGUUUCCAAAGAAGGAAUAUCAGGACUUUAUAGAGGCAUCACCCCAAACUUCAUGAAGGUGCUCCCCGCUGUUGGCAUCAGCUAUGUGGUGUAUGAAAAUAUGAAGCAGACUCUAGGGGUGGCCCAGAAGUGACAUGUCGAAGCCUUUCCUUUUGUAUGAUGACUGAGAUUUUCAGUGUUCUCUGCGGCAACUUCUAGAAUGACAGGAAGUCUAUUGCAAAAGAAGCUGUUUGUUUUCCCACAAAGGCGAAGAGUAUAUCAUGAUCACUUCAAACGUUUGGGCUCAGUUUUAGAUCUUCAGUACUGUUAAAAAUCAUAGUUUUCAUAAGUUUUGAGGAAGCCACAAAAUUCUACUUUAUCUUUUUCUAAUCAUCCCUUCACCAGAUCUGUGUCCUUCACCAUAAAUCUGAAAAUGUACUUGCAUGAGCUGAAUUCAUUUUGUGUGGUAGAAUUUAUAAACCACUAGCCUUUAUUUUUAUUGACUAAGCUUCUGUCAAUUCCUUUAUACCUAAAUUUCUAUUUUAAAAACCAAAAUGAUCAGAAAGCUUUGAAACUUAAAUUGUUUUAUAUAUAUUGAAUGUUUUUAUACACUUCUUAACAUCCCCUUACAGGAUCAUUAAUAGAAAAAUUUUUUGAACCAAAGAGAAAUUAUGGACUUGUGUUUAUGACUCAUAUUCUACCUUCAUACUUGUAUUACUGAUGCCUGAUACUGUCUCAGUAAUUUUAUACUAUGUGAAAAGCAAGGGACUUUACUUUGUCUUCAGAGUUAUUUAUACUUUUGAGUAAUACAUAAAUCAUAAUAUUAA